AAACUUUAAAUCAGAAAAAAAAAACAAAAUAAUAAUAAAAAUAAAUAAAUUGUAAAAAAAAUAACAGAAAUGUAAAAAAAAAAUAUUUUUAUAACAGCAACAUUAUAAAGAGAAACAGACAAAAAAAAAAUAAAAUUGAAGUUAAAAAAGAGAAAAAACAAAACAGAAACCAAAAAAACUAUUUUCAAUUAGUAAGUGACGAGAAUUCAAGCCGUAAAGUGGUGCGCGAUUAAGGAGUCGCAUGUUACAAAAAGAAGAAAAAAAAAAUUUAAUUUUUGAUUUUUUUUUUAAUUUUUGAAUUAUUUUUUUUGUAUAACAUUUUUCUCUUCUUUUUUUUUUUGUUUUUGAAAAAUUUAUAUGUGUUUUGCCGUUUGUAUUGUUUUGGUGUUUUUGAAAACAAAAAUUUUUCAUAUUUAAGAAAAAGUGAUCGCUAAAAAUAAAGAAAAGAAGUAAAAUUUUUUAUAUACAGAAAAAAAAAUAAUAGAAAAGGAAAGAAAACGCAAGAUACUUAAGAAAAGAAAAAAAAGGGUCAAACAAAAAUUUUUAAAGGAAAACAAAAAAAAAAUCAUAGGUUAUUUUAUAAAAAUAUAACACCAGUAUAUAUAGAAGAGAAAAAAAAAUAUGAUUUAAAUUUUUUAUUUAUUUAAGAAAUUCUUCAAAAGUGAUUAAUAAAAAAAAUUUCGAUUAUAUUAAACUAUUAUCAUAACUUAUAUUAUUAACAGAUUUAAAUAUUUAUAAUCAUAAGCUAAAAUAACAGUUAAUAAUAAAAGAUUAAUAACAGUAUAAAGAAGAUAAACAGUCAAUCUCUACAUAUAAAUAACAUAUCUAAUAUACUUCUAAAAAAAAAUACCUAAAGCAAAGUACAGACGUACCUACUUUACAUAUUUUGUUUUAUUUAAAAGAAACCAUUCUCCAAUCCAAUAAUAAUUAAGAAAAAUUAUUUUGAUUUUGGUUUUUAAUAACAGUCAAUAGCAGUAACAGUAACAGCAGCAUAAUUAUCAAUAUAUUCUCAUUAUAAUAACAGUGGUGAAAAUAGCAUUAACAUUUUAUUAAAUUUUAUCAGCCAAUAUAAAAGUGAGAGAAAAUUAAAAGUGCUCGCUGAGAUUAAUAAUAAUUUACAUACACAACAUUUCUAUUAUUAAAAAGAUAUUUUUUUUUUGUUAAAUAGAAAUGCGAUGUGAUUGCGAAACGAAAAAAUUAACUGAUCAUCAAUCAAUGUUUUCUGUUCCUAUAAUAAUAAAAUAAUAGAAACAAUUAAUAUAAAGAAAAACAAAUUAUAUAACCGAAACUAUUUAAAACAAAAACUUGAUAUUAUCCACUAAUAAAUUUAACUAAUAAAAUUAAGAAGACAACAAUUAAGAAAAAAAAAUUCAAUCAAUUAAUUAUUUAUAACAAUCAUAAUAAUUAUUUACUAAUUUAAAAAUCAUCAAACAAAUCAAACAAAAAAAUUAAAAGUGAUAAAUUAUUUCAAGCAAAAUUUAAAAAAAAAAUUUAACAUUAUUUAAGAAUAAAGAAAAUAUAUUAACAAAAAUUCUGCAAUAUCAAAUACAAUGGGAAAUAUAAAACAAAUGACUGAUUCAAAUGAAAUCAGUAGAAUGAAUGAAAAAAACUAUAAUACAGAAAUUGUUAUGAUGUCAACAGCAACAGUAGCUGCCACAACAACAGCAACAACUGAACCAUCAAUAAUAAUAGAAACAACAGCAGAAGAAAUGAAAAAAUCACAAUGUCAAAAAAUAAAAAAUCAAUGUGAAAUUUUAAAUUCAAUAACAUUAUUUUCACCCCAACAAAUAUUAGAAGGACAAUUAUUAUCAUCGUCACCAUCAACAUUUUCAACAACAUUAAAAUCAUCAUCCUCCACCUCAUCAUCUUCAAUAGUAUCAAAAAUACCAUCAUUAGAAUCAUCAUCAUUAUCACCAUUACCAUCAUCAUCAUCAUUAUCAUUACAUUCAUCAUCAUCAUCAUCAUUAAUAUCAUCUUCAUUGCCUUCAUCAACAAAAAAAAUAACAUUAACAACAGCAUUAUCACCGUCAUCAACGAUAUCAACAUCAAUAUUGUCUGUAUUAUCAUCAUAUCCUGCAUUGAAUUUUCAACCGACAAUGAAUUUUUAUAAGAGAAUAGCAAUUUCCAUUUUAGUCAUUUUAGAAGUAUUGUUAGUGCCAGUUUAUGCAGGACCGGUCAAUGUCAGACAUCAUCGAAUGAUAAGAGAUAUUUAUAUGGAUUUAGAAAAUAAUAGACCAACAGCAUCAUCACAAAAUGAUACACAACAAGAUGGCACUUGUUUAUUGGAUGGAAUAAUAACAAAACGAGCAACUAUUCAUUGUGAAACAAAACCAGGAUGUAAAGCAAUACAGAAAACAGGAUAUUGUUGUCCUGAAUAUCAAUGUGAAUGUGAAAAAGAUGGAAAAUUGUAUUCAAAUGGUGAAACAUUACCGGAUCAAUAUCAAACACCUUGUAAAGUUUGCUUUUGUAAAGGUGGAGAAAUCGUUUGUACAAAUGUAACAUGUUAUAAAAGAGAUGAUUGUGAACCAAAAUAUAUACCUGGAAGAUGUUGUCCUGAAUAUGAUAACUGUCCACCACUUGAAAUUGGUAAAGCUACUACAUCAAAAAUAGUUACAGGAAUUCCACAUAAUAUUGAAACAACAGAUAAUUCAUUACAAAAAGUUGAUCAAACAUCGGCUGCAUCAAUAAAGCAUCCUCUUACAGUACAUUCACAGCAAACAAAUGAAAUGCCAUUACAUAAUCCAUUAAAUAUAACAAUAAAAGAAAUAACAAAAGUUGAAGAAAUUCGUAUAACAGAUGCACCAAAAUCAACAAUAUUACAAGUACAUACAACACCAAAUCCAUUAAGUAAUGGUGUAACAAAUCAUAAAAAUGGUGGUAUUUCAUCAACAUCAACACAUGUUAAUACAUCAUUAAAAGAUUCUCAGCAACAAUCACUUAAUUCAAUUGAAGGUAAAACAAUUGAAGAUGAAAUUAUUUCACCUGUAGCCGUUUCUAUACCAUCAACAGGUGAAUCACAAUUAUUAAAUCCUGAGAAUACAAAAUUAACACUAGUCGAAACCAAAACCAUUUUAUUCCCAUAUAACAAUAAUGAUAAAAUUUCAACAACAAUAAUUCCACCAUCACCAUCAUAUUCACCAAAUUCAAUUCAUACAACAGAGACAAAUAAGGUUUUAAUCUCGGAUAAUAAUUUAUUGAAUGGUGAAGAAAGUAUAAAAAUUGUACGACAUGCAUCUGUACCAACAAAUGCUAAUGGUGAAAAUAAUAUUGUACAAAUAAGUCAUAAAACAAAUGAAAAAGGUUUAUUAGCUGGUGAUUUAAGUAAUGAACAAAUUGGUGAACAAGUUGUUAUUUUUGAUAAAAAUGGUGAAUCAAAACCAAUAACAGUAUUUGGUAUAAAAGGUUUACAACGUGGUGAUGUUAUUGAAGAUCCAAGUUUAUCAGCAAAUAGUAAUAGAUUUGAUGAUAAUGUUGCAAAAAAGAAGAACAAAACUAAGGGUUCAUCAUCAAAAGAAUAUGAUUCAAAUGAAAGUGGUGACAUUGAUCCAAUACAAGCAUCAAGUAGUGAUGAUUUUGUUCGUGUUGUUAUUGGUUCUACAACUGAAAAUAUUAAUGAUAUUAGUAAUUCUAGUGAAGAAUAUAAUUUUACAAGAGCAGGAGAAGAUGAAAUUUACGAGCCAGUAUUAUAUGAAGCUUUUGAUUCAUCAUCCGUAUCACCUUCAGUAUCUAAUAGUAGUGAAGAAACAUUCGAACCAGUACAUUAUACUCCAGAACCAGGUGAAAUUUUUGAUUCAAUUCAUUAUACACCAGAACCAGAAGCUGGUGAAAAUCAAUCGAAUGAGACAAGUGAUGAAACAAAAAUUUAUGAUACUGUUUAUCAUACAAAUGAUGAAGAAAAAGUUUAUGAAACAGUAUAUCAUGAUUUAGAAAACGAUACAAUAUCAACAAAUGGUCCAGAAAAUGUAUCAUCUGAACCAUUCCCAUUUGAAGCUGAAGAUGAAGAUGUUAAUCCAGCAUAUCCUAAAAUACCAGAAGAUUUAAGUAUACAUCAUAAAAUUAAUGGAGCAGCUGAUUAUUUAGAGGGUAAUACAGAAACAAAAUCACUUGUAUCACAUAAUGGAGCAACAAUUAAAGAAGAACCACGUAGUGUUAUUGAUUCAAUACAUAUUAUUGAAGAUACAUCAAUACUAUCUGAUAAAUUAAAAUCACAUAAUAAUAAUAAUAAUAAUAAUAAUAAUAAUAUAAAAUCACAUGAUAAUUAUGAUAAUUUAAUAAAUUUAGAAAAUGAUACAUCAUUUAAUGAUAUUAUACCAUUAUCAAUAAAUCCGGAACCAAGAGUACCUGGUGAACCAUGUCUUAUACCAGAAUGGGAACGUAUUAAUGGUACAAACCAUGAAUCAAGAUGUAAUCAUACACAAUCAUUAAUUGAUUCAUCAAUUGAAGAUUAUCCAGCUAUGGGUUUAACAUUAUUAAAAGGUAAUGAUAGUUGGCCAACAAGUUCAGAAAUGGAUUUAGAAUAUGGUAGCGGUAGUGGUAUGGGUAGUAUUAUUAAUUUAUCAUCAGCAAAUUUAAUAAAUAAUCGUGAACCAACAACAAGAAAUCCAAAUAAAAUAAUUGAUAUUGAUGAUUUUGAUGGCGGUAGCGGUAACAAUAUUAAUAUUAAUAGUAAUGAUACAAAUUCAAUAAUUAAUGAUCCAAAAAAUGAUGCAGAAAGUUUAAAAUUAGAUGAUGAUGAUAAUAAUCAUGGAAGUGGUGUAAGCGGUAUUAGUGGUAUUGGUAUUGCUGAAGAAAUUAAUAAAAAAUCAGCAAAAUCAUUUUAUGGUUUUGAUAGUUUUAUAUUUUAUUAAGAAUCUUAUUGUAAUAAAAAAAACAAAAAAAAUUAAUUUAAAAUAUGAAAGAAAAUAAGAAAUGAAAGAACGAUAACAAAUGAAGAUUAUAUAAUAUUUAAAUUAAUUAGUUUAAAACGCCAUCAUUUAUGAUAUAAUUAAUUAAUUAUUAUUAUUAUUACUAUUAAAAAUUUAAAAAGAAAAAAAAAUAUUUAAAAAAUUCAUUAAAAAAAAAAAAAAAAUUAAUUAAUUAAUUAAUUAUUAUUAUAUUAUUCUAUAUAUUAUAUUGUUUCGAAAAUAAAAUCAUUAUUAAGAUUAAAAUAUGUAAUGUUAAGCUCGUUAUUUAAAAAAUAAAAUGAAAAAUUUAAAAAUUUAAAAAUUUAGAUAAUAAUUCAUAAUCAUUUAUAAUAUUUAAAAACAUUAUAAAAAUUUAAAAAAUAAAACAAAAGUAUUGACAUUUAGAAUUUUUGACAUUUAAAUAUAUUUGACAUUUAUAUUUGACAUAUUAUAUUGACAUUUUUAAAGAUAUCUUAUACUUUUAAUUUUAUUUAUUUUUAAAAAAUUAAAAUUUUAUUAAUUUAAUUUACUUAUAAAUAAUUUGAUUAUUUUAUUAAAUUCUUGCAAAAAAAUUAUAAAAUGAAAUAAAAAAUUUUAUUUUAUUAAAAAUUUAAAUUCAUUGUUUUUAAAAAUAAUUGUUAUACUG